GUAGAAUUAAGAGUUUUGUACAAAAGUCACGUGUGGUAUGAGUGAUGGAUGCUGGUUCACAAAAUCACCGGUCACCACACGACGAUCCACAGAAGCCUCGGAGUCGAAAGAAUAGGACAAAGUCUUCAACGAAUUCGGUGGCAUGCAACCAACACGACAGUACUGGAGUUGCGAGUGAGUUUUGAGCUUUCCAUUUCCAAAAGGCGUAACUAACUUGGGCGCGAAACACGGGGCACUUUCGUCAACUCACAACCCUUCAAAAUUCGCCCAUCGCAUCUUCUUCGUCUUCUUCCACACUUUUAUUAAACCAACCAACACACCGCCAAUAUUCAAUAGUUAGAGAGACAAACCAUGGCGGCUUCCGAUGGAAGCGAGUACUACGAAAUAGGAUCGAUCGGAAGCGAGAGCUUCGCGAUGCCUUCCAACGCCGAGACCGUGGCGGAGGACGAGGAGGAGCUCCAGUGGGAGGCGCUCGCCAGGCUGCCGUCGCAGAAGCGCAUCAACUUCGCGCUCCUCCGCGCCUCCUCUUCCCGCCGGCAAGUUCCGACGCAAGGUUCCGCUCCGGAUAACUUAAUCGAUGUCCGGAAGCUGAGUCGCUCGCACCGCGAGCUUGUCGUUAAGAAAGCACUCGCCACCAACGAACAAGACAACUACCGCCUCCUCGCCUCCAUCAAAGAACGCCUCGACAGGGUUGGAUUGGAGGUGCCGAAGAUAGAAGUGAGGUACAAGAACUUGAACGUCUCUGCUAACGUUCAAAUCGGUUCCAGAGCUCUUCCUACUCUGAUUAAUUACUCUCGCGAUGUCCUUGAGAAUUUCCUAACGAUGUUGAGGAUAUUUCGGCCUAAACGGCAUUCCCUUACCAUAUUGAACAAUGUCAGUGGCGUCAUCAAGCCUGGAAGGAUGACUUUGCUACUAGGACCUCCGGGAGCGGGCAAAACCACCUUACUUCUGGCUCUCGCUGGCAAGCUUGAUAACAACCUCAAGCGAGAGUGUGAGCGGAUUAUUCUUGUAUAUUAA